AUGGGUGGCUCCGGCUUGGUGGAUGCAACAGAUGUGGGGGCCCGAGGCUCCCUGGGCUGGGAAUUGAGGGCUGCCUUGGGCAGGGGGUGGGAGCAGCCACAGGAAGGAGCAGUGGCGGUGGUGGCCUCUUCAGCAGUGUGGUGCAUGGAAAGAACUCCAUGGCUGGGAAUCUCCAGCCGAUCCAGGUGGGUUUCAGCAGAAUUUCACGUGACUGGCAGUGAGGCUGGAACAGAUUCUGGAAAAGCCAAGACAAGGGCUGUUUCUAGCUUGCAGAGAACUGGCUUGCAGUUCCCAGUACCUGAAUUGAAAGGAAAUGAAUCAAAAGACUUAAAGGCAAAGUGUAUUACUCUUCAUGACUUGCAACUUGUCAUUUGUGGAAAUGAAGAAUUGGAUUCUGUCAUCCAGGCCACAAUUGCUGGUUGUGGUGUCAUUCUACACGUCCACAAAUCUCUAAUUAGGAAGAAAGGACAGCAGAAGACACCCUAA